AUGAAGAAGAGCCAAGUUCAAGAUAGGUUCUCAGAUUUCUACGAGCAAUGGGUGAACCAAUAUGAAGCCAAUCUCAAUGAACUUCUCUCUGUGUCAAGGGACCCUUCUUCCCAUACCCAUCUCCACCGAGCCCUCAUCUCCAAAGUGAUGACUCACUACAAACAAUACUAUACUGUCAAGUGGGCUUCUGCCAAAGACGACGUUCUGGGCUUCUUCUGUCCCACCUGGUUCACCCCUCUCGAGAACGCUUACCAUUGGAUAACCGGUUGGAAACCUUCCAUGGUUUUCCGUCUCAUAAACUCAUUACGCCAGACCCGGAUCCCCGGUCCGAAUCUCGUCGACAUAACCGAGGAACAACUGAAUAAGAUCCAGGAGCUUCGGAUUCGGAUCAAAAUAGAAGAAGAUAGGGUGGAUAGAGAGAUGGAGAGACAGCAAGUGAGUAUUGCCGACAAGCCAAUGGUGGAUCUGUCUCGGCUUUCUACUCAGGUCAAGAACGGUGAGGUGGUGGGUGAGUUGGACAAGUAUGUCGAUGUGACUUUAAGUUCGUUGUUGGUUGGGUUGGAACAUGUAAUGAAGAUGGCCGAUUGUGUUCGUUUGAAGGCCUUGAAGGGUGUAUUGGAAGUUCUCAAUCCUUUGCAAUCUGUGGAUUUCAUGGCGGCUAUUGCUAUGUUACAGAUUCAGUUGAGGAGAGUUGGGAAGAGAAGAGAUCAUGGGAAGAUCAUGAAGAACCAGAAGGAAGAUUAAGAAAAG